UAUUUUAACGAUUACUAUUGUUUUUUGUAAUAUUACUGUCUUUUGGCUGCUGUGGCUAAGAAUGUCCCUGAAUUUCGAUAUUAUAAAUAUUAAUAGAGCAAUGGAAUGUCAAAUAAAUCUUGUCAGCAGCUCUAUACAUCUUAGCUUUUCCUUUCCUCUGGCGUGCAAUGAGAUGUAUAUGAUCAUCAGUUAUCUACUGAAAAAAAUCCAUAUUGUGCUAUUCAAAACAAUCUCAUGUCCCAGUCAAGCAAUGACUAAAUAUAUCCAGUCAUUUGGACUGACAUCUGAUAAUACAAAUAUACAACAAGAUGAGUUUCACUCAGCUGCAUUGUAAAAUGCAUUCUAGUUUGAACACGGUUCAAUGUGGAGUGGAGGUUUCAGCACUGACACCACAAUAUCCCACAGACACAGUUAUCAAAGAAAUUUUCUUUGGAGGUUCUCAGAAAAAAGGGUGUAAUAUUUUACAAAAGAUUGUUAUAUUGGGCUAUAAAAAGACAAAUGACUUUAGUUUCCUCUGGCUUUCAAUCAAACACCUAAACUGUAAGAUUCUAUCGCCAUGUAUUGUUAGCUAUUUAUCAUAACUACUGCUGCAGAUAAUUUGACUGAGAACCAAAGGAGCUAUGACCUUGAACAAUUGUGCCUGAUUGAGAUGUCAUAGUAUAAGACUAUCACAUCAAUCUCAAUAUUUACUCGAAAUCCAGCUGGGGGGUGCACAUGUGAUCAUGCUGUUUAAAAUGAACACAUCAUUUGCACUGGACAGCAGCAGAAAGACCCUCAUGUUAAACUGAACUCAUACCAUGCUUGGUUAAAAGAGGCACUCAUAAAGUUAAAAGCAAGAGACCAUCAGUUCUUUACAGCUGGGUAACUCACCACCAGCACCAAUAAUAAAAGUGUUUUUCGCAGAAAUCCAAACAUUAGCAUUAAUGAGAACUGCAACAGCACAAGACCAUCAACUUUCAUAUAAACUAGGCGCAAUGCGAUCCCCCAUCUGGCCUGCACCUCGUUUAAUAACAAAGCGAUGCCUGCGUGUGUUUCCCUACCGAAGGGGGUGGGGAUGAAUGAGUGAUGGAGACUGUUGAUGCGUGAUGUUGACCUUACCGAUUUCUUUAAAGUGCAAAUCAUUGCUCGAUGGAUUAACCCGUCUCCAUCAACUCUGUUGUGAUACUUGUACAGACUCAUGUAGGGAAUAUUUUGUACACUCGAAUACAUUUGAAAGAACGAGUGGGUCGAAUCGCGAGACAAAGUUAAUUGUGUAAUCGUAGUAUAACAAAUUUCGUUUGAUCUGUGACAGAAUGAGAGUGCGACCCAAGAUCUUACAUCUAUAACUGCAUCUACCCGAUUGAUAUUGGAAAAAAUAAACGUUUAAACCAUUGAUUCUUGCAACAAAACGGGACUUGGGCGAGCAAACAAUGCCUGAGGAGCAUCUGCGUCCCUAUGGCUACCCAAGCCAGAUGGCUUGCAACUGCAAGACAAUAAACUCCAACCUCACGCCAUGAACUUAACUUCAUAUGACGGAAAAAGAAACAAAACACAGCAGCACAGACCACUCUGUGAGCAGGACAACGACUGUGGCAGCGGGACAGAGAUUCAGUUUUGGUGUGAGGUGCAGCAGAACAGAGGGGCUGGCCAGAAGACACAGAUCCAACAUUGGUGGUUGGGAAAAAAGGGCGUCCACCCCUGCUGCACCGGGGUGAAGGAGAAGGACAAGAAGAAGAGGGAGAAGAGGAGGAGGAAGAAGAAGGUGUUCCAGUGCUGCCACAUUAACAGAAGCAGGGGGCUGUGUUUGUGGCGUGGGUGGGCAGGUGAGAGCUAAGCUAGUGCUGACAGCUCUGGGCUGCGUGCAAUAAGUGUAAGAGGGAAGGGGAAGAGGAAAACGAAGAGGAAGAAGAGGAGGAGUAAGUGGAGGAGGAGGAGAGGAGUCGUGGGCCUAGAGCCCAAACACAAGCAGGAUGGCGGAGAUGAAAGUUAGCCUCCCUGCUAAGCUGAUUAAUGGGGGCGUGGCAGGCCUGGUUGGUGUGACAUGUGUAUUUCCUAUUGACCUGGCCAAGACCCGCCUACAGAACCAGCAGGGCGUCCAAGUCUACAAAGGAAUGCUGGACUGCCUGGCAAAGACGGUUCGCUCUGAGGGCUAUUUUGGAUGCUACAGAGGUGCAGCAGUGAAUCUCACUCUCGUCACGCCAGAAAAAGCCAUCAAGCUGGCAGCCAACGACGUCUUCAGACAGAAGCUCUCAAAGGAUGGGUACACUGAUUUUUGUCCCCUAAUGAUGCAUCAUUUUUUUUCUCUCUAUGGCCACUCCAGGGCUCUGAAACAUAUUGAUCUCAAAUACUGUCUGUGGUUAAGCUUUAAUGCUUUAUACCUGUUCCUAACACUCCGAUGUGUUUCCAGGCAUUUGCCCCUGUGGGGGGAAGUGCUGGCAGGGUGUGGGGCCGGGACCUGCCAGGUGGUGGUCACCACUCCAAUGGAGAUGCUUAAGAUCCAGCUGCAGGAUGCAGGAAGGCUUGCUGCCCAGAGGCCCAGGCCUCAGGCUGCUGCUGCUGCUGCUGCUGCUGCUUCUGGUCCAGCUCCAUCACUAGUGGCCCCCCCACCAGCGCAACCGAGUCCUCCUCCUCGGCCCUCAGCCACCGGCAUCACUGUUGAGCUGUUGAAGACUCGUGGACUGGCAGGCCUCUACAGGGGGGCUGGAGCCACCUUAAUGAGGGAUGUCCCCUUCUCAAUGAUCUACUUCCCGCUGUUUGCCAACUUAAAUGCGCUGGGCCAGGAAAUCGUGGAUAAUGUGCAGACCCGGGCGCCAUUCUGGCACUCCUUUGUGGCAGGCUGCACUGCGGGCUCAGUGGCAGCUGUGGCUGUGACACCAUUGGACGUGAUAAAGACUCGUCUGCAGACCUUGCAAAAAGGUGAAGGAGAAGACACGUACAGGGGAAUCAUUGACUGCACACGGCGCAUCAUGAGGCGGGAGGGCCCGGCAGCGUUUCUGAAAGGUGCAACGUGUCGUGCUCUUGUCAUUGCUCCUCUUUUCGGCAUUGCACAGGGUGUGUACUUUCUUGGGGUAGGGGAGGCGGUGCUAGGUUUGCUGGAAUAACGGUGCUUGGUGGAGGUGGUCGUGUUGUCUCUGUACAGAUAAUUUACUGCUUCAAUCUGCAGUGAAUGACAACUGAGAGAAUGGUGAAUACAGAGAGCCACUAACCAAGGGAAGAGAUAUGAAGGGGCUCCCUUUUACUAAUACGUGGACCAGUGGGUUCAUACUAAUCAUGUUUCUCUAGGUUUUUACAUGCUGUCAGCAGGGUUCCAUAGGUUAAACAGGGUCCUGUGUAUGUGUGUGACUAAUCUGAGGGUAUGUGGCCCGAGUUGUCUGGGUCAUCCCUGUGUGCUUGAUGCAAUAUGUCCAGGGUUGUUCUUGCGACCCAAAAGAGACUAUUCUGUUUGGUGGUUAAGAGAGAGCUGCUGCAUGUUGAUUGAGGAUGCUUAAUAAAAUGCCUACCAACAAAGAACUGUGCAUCAUCUUAAGUAAGUGACAAGUUCCCCUUUCAAUCUUUAUCAAAAGCUUAUAUUGCAGAACAUCUGAUGUCAGAGUCUGAGCUGGGUAUUUUGCUCGACUACAGAUGCCAAUCCUUUAUUUGUUUGAUACGUUUCUCUAGAACACAAGCUUGAUCUCAUCCUGUUCUGCACUCAUCCUACUCUAUCCGUGAGGUCUGAGUUGUAAUCUUGGAUUCGCUUACUGGAUUGGGAGGUCCUGCCUGUCAGUGUCCCUGAGGUCAUGUGUUAAUCUGAUGGUAAUGCUUUAAUCCCUGUAUUAGCAUACAAUAUACCCUAACAGACUGCUCACUUCCUGCCUAAAGGCCACAGGUUACACUGCUGGGCUACUGUCUCAUAGCCUUGACUUCCUCUGCUCUACAGCUUGGAAGGGUUUAAAAAUAAAACCUGCGUGAAGUCUAGGGCUAUUUAUACUGCUUGGUUAUGCAUAAAAAUAUGUUGCUUCAACUGAUGUGCGCACAAUAACUAAAAACAUGCAAUUAAAGCCUUAUCAAUGCUGAUAGUUUCUAAAGCAUCAACACUGUAAGUCUUAAAUGAACUCAAAGCAAUUGGGAGUGUUGAAACAUUGAUUUGGUACUUGAGUCCAAUUUAGCGAGGACAAUACUAUAUGUCAAACCCAUGGAGGAAGUAUGGCACUUUGUCUUGCCAACUGUUUGCCAUUACUAAAGUCCACUGGGUGGCACUAAAAGCUUUUUUUUACAUUUUUAAUGCAAGACACAUUUUUGAUGUGGCUAGUGUACCUAGGCUACUACAUUUUCCUCAUUGUAGAGCGAACAUAGCCUGAGUAAACUGUUUGUUUACAAGCUGUAAAUAAAGAUAUCUCAUACAUGUUGA